AUGGAUGAGUUAGACAUUGAAGAAGAUGGCAGAAAAGAAACAUCAGUGCCCCAGCCAGGCUUCUUCCAGGCGGACACCGCUCUUUUGUACCCCCCUCCUCCGUCCCCAGACCCGGUCAGUCCGCUCACUCACCUGGGGACGCUGCUGCCCGGACACGACGCACCGAGGACCGGCGGAUGGGACAGGAGGCUGAACCCAGCGUUUCAGGGCUGUCAGUUACUGGGAACAGCAAAGGAAACUGAAAGAGAAGCCCACGCAGACCAGAGCAUCCUCAUCCUGCAUGCCAAAGUAGCUCAGAAGUCCUACGGCAAUGAGAAAAGGUUCUUUUGCCCUCCUCCUUGUGUUUUCAUCAGCGGUCGUGGCUGGAGAGUCAUGCAGGACCAUUUGAAAGCGGCUGGUUAUGGAGACUCUGUGUAUCGGGUGUGUGGCUACAUGUGUCUGGACAGCUCCAGUCAGUCCCAGGCGGACACAUUCAAACUGGUCUUUGAUGAACAGCCAAACUCCAGGCAGAUGUUUGCUUGUGCCAAGUCGCUGUUCAUCUCUGAUCAGGACAAGAGGAAACACUUCUGCCUGCUGCUGCGACUCUUUCUGGGCAACAGACAGGAGCUCGGUUCUUUCCAGAGCAAGAUGAUCAAAGUCAUCUCCAAACCCUCCCAGAAGAGACAGUCCAUGAAGAACGCUGACCUGUGCAUCUCGUCGUGCUCCAGGGUAGCUUUGUUCAACCGUUUACGCUCCCAGACAGUCAGCACUCGCUACCUCUCCGUGGACAGAGGAGCUUUCAUAGCCAGCGCCAGACAGUGGACGGCCUUCACCAUCACCAUGGUGGAUGGCCAGCGUGCUGAGCAAGCGGGGUUUGUGCUGAGCGAAGGCUUCAUCUGCUACGGUUGUGUGGUCCAGUUAGUGUGUGCUGAGUCUGGAGUAGCUCUGCCUCCCAUGGUGAUUCGGAAGGUUAACAAGCAGCACGCCAUCUUAGAUGUGGAUGAACCUGUUUCUCAGCUCCACAAAUGUGCCUUUCAGUUCAGAGACAAUCCUCAUGCCUAUCUGUGCCUAUCUAAUGACGCCAUCAUACAGCACCUGGCUCCAUCUAGUGUCAGAGACCCCAGCAGAGUGAUCCUGAACGAUGGAUCUUGCUGGACCAUCAUCGGUGUUGAGGCAGUGGAAUUCACCUUUAACCAGGGCCUGGCCUGCAUCCAGACACCAGUUAGUCCUUUUCCAGUUAUCACAGGGUUAGAGGUUAACGGUGGAGGACAUGUCGCCAUGCUGGAGAUCCACGGAGAAAACUUCAGUCCUCAUCUUAAAGUCUGGUUUGGCAACAAUGAGGCUGAGACAAUGUUCAAGUCCCCCAAAUCUCUGCUCUGCGUGGUUCCUGAUGUUUCUGUCUUCAGUGACGGCUGGCGUUGUCUACGACGCGUCAUCACCGUUCCUCUGUCGCUCAUCCGGCUGGACGGCCUGAUUUAUCGCACGACCUUCAGCUUCACCUACACCCCUGAACUCCAGCCGCCUCCGUCUAUCCGGGGAGCGGUGGGGGGAGGGAAGAGAGAAGGAGGGAUGGACGGAGGCCAGGAAGACAUCCUAUUAGAGACCAUCCAUCAGGAGUUCACCAGAGCCAACUUUCAUCUCUUCAUGCAGAGCAGCUAAUCUGUCCUCAGGAGACCUUUUAGACAGCAAUCACAGUCUGACCAUUUGCUUUUGGAUCAGUGUUGGUUCCAUGUCAUUCUGCUAUGUUCAAACUGAUACAAGACCAUAAUGUUCUCAGUUUAUUAUUCGCAAUUUUGAAAAUAAUUAUUCAGUAGAUUCACUGGAAAUGCUGUAAAGUCUGUUUAUUAUUACUGAGAUGAGAUAUUUUGUAAAUUUUGGGGAAAAAUAGGCCUAAGGAGGGUCAUACACUUCAAGGUUAUAUCUAGUUUACAUAUAAUUGUUUAGGGUCUCAUUUCCCAAAAAAGACAAACAUUCAAAUGUGUUUUUCCUUUAUAUGACGUGUAAUCAAGAAGGUUGUUGCUAGAGGUACGGACCCGUACCCGUAGCCUGUGGACUACGGAUACGGCACUUUCCGUUUGCCAAUCAGAUAUGCGAGAUCUGGUCACGUGACUCCCGGUAGACGCUAGCGGUACGGACCCGUAGCAUCGGUACUACAGGUACGGACCCUAACCCUAACCCUAACCUUAACCUUUGCUUACCUUUCAACAGUUUGCAGUGGUUAGCAGCUUCACGAGACUCGCGUACGGGUCCGUAUCUGUCUGGCAAAUGGAAAGUGCCGUAUCCAUAGGCCACAGGCUACGGGUACGGGUCCGUAUCUGUAGACACUACCAAUCAAGAAGUUCCAGGACUGUACCAGGAUCUAGUUAAAGAAAAACCACAUCUAAUCAGUCCCUCCAGGAUUUCGCAGGCAUUUUUCGAGAUUGUUGUGGCCUAAAAUGCUUGAAUUCGCAGCAGCUUUUCAAAA